UCUCAUUGGGGGUGCCUCGUUCUGAUGAGUAACAUUCUUACAACGGAAGAGGUAAACUAUCUCAUCUUCCGUUAUCUUCAAGAGUCUGGUAGGCUUCCAAUAAUUCUUUUUUUUUCACUUGAGUUUACGUUGAAAGGAUAUAUUCAUACCGCCUUUGCUUUUGGUUAUGAAAGUCACAUCAACAAGACGACCAUAGAUAGUUCUCUCAUACCACCUGGUGCUCUCAUUUCGUUUCUCCAACGCGGCAUAAGUUACGUUCAAAUAGAGAGCAAACUUAAUAUUAGCUCAGGAAGUGAAUAUGUAACCAACGGACACGUCUCCUUAUUGGAAGCACACAAAGCUUUGGCAAAUAGAAAACGUAUAAACAAUGCUGCUACUGGAGAGGAGCCUUCAAAAGGCCCCGAAACAGAAUUUACUGAAGCGGAGGUAACCAUUUUGACGGGACAUCAGAAGGAAGUGUUUACCUGCGCUUGGCAUCCCAAAAAACCGUUACUUGCGUCUGGUUCUGCGGAUGCUACAGUUCGUUUAUGGAAACUUUCUGGAAACUCCAAAGGAGCUAUGGAAGGAGCAGUUGAAUCGAUUGAACUUAAACAUGGUUCGCCUCCGUUGCAAGAUAAAGAUGUUACUGCCUUGGAUUGGAAUGGAGACGGCUCUCUUUUGGCUACUGGUUGUUAUGAUGGACAGAUUAGACUAUGGAGCGAUGAAGGUCAACUUCAUAGCGCAGUAGAAACUCAUACAGGACCUAUUUUUGCAGUAGAAUGGAACCGUAGAGGAAACUUUUUGUUAAGUGGUAGCGUAGAUAAGACCUGUGCAGUAUACGAUGUUGCACAAAAUCGUCUCUUGAAGCGGUUUUCAUUUCAUACGGGUCCAACUCUAGAUGUGGAUUGGCGUGAUGACACUAGUUUUGCUUCGUGUUCUACAGAUAAGACAAUAUAUAUUUGUAGAGUAGAUGAAGAUGCUCCGUUAAGAGUAUUUCACGGUCACGAAGAUGAAAUCAAUACUGUGAGAUGGGACCCGAGUGGUAGCAUGUUGGCAUCUUGUUCAGAUGAUCGAACCGUGAAAGUUUGGAGUUUAGAGACUCGACAAGUCAAUGGUCAAUCUACUAGUUGUCUAUAUGAUUUUCGUGAACAUUCUCGCGAUGUUUAUGCUGUUCGCUGGAGUCCAAGUGGUCCGGGUACGGAGAAUCCGAACAAGGCCUUGUUACUAGCUAGUGCAUCGUUUGACCAUACUGUCAAGUUGUGGGAUAUUCAGUCUGGUAUUUGUCAGUGGACAUUAUCCAAGCAUACGGAGCCAGUUUAUUCGGUUUCCUUUUCCCCUGAUGGAGAAUAUAUUGCAUCUGGUUCCUUGGAUAAAUAUAUACAUGUCUGGAGUAUUCGAGAAGGUAGAGUUGUACGUUCAUUUCGAGCGGAUGGAGGUAUCUUUGAAGUUUGUUGGAGUCCGAGUGGUGACCAGAUUGCAGCUUGUUUGUCAAGUAAUAUGGUUUGUGUAUUAGAUUUUCGCAUGUAAAAGAAUUAUCAACGCAUGCAAAAUAAAUUCAGGAAAAAAAUGCCACGUAAAUUGGCGCCAAAAGAAAUAGAGAAUCUGGAAU